AUGUUUUUGAAGCUAUUCUUGUUAGUUUUAUUGCUGGAAAGAGCAAAUUGUUGGGUUACUUCAAACACGUCUAAUGAGUUGAUUGCAGUUGAAAAUGCAUACGUGGAGUGGGUUAGACAGCGGGCUUCCAUGAAGCAACCUGUUUUUCAGGAAGGAAAGAAAAACCUCAAGCCUUGUAGAAUCAUUAAAGUUAACAAGAACCCCAAAUUUGGAGAGUUUGCUACAGUGCAAAAAGCCAUCAACUCGCUUCCAGUUGUAAAUCUCUGCCGGGUUGUCAUCUACAUUAGUCCAGGAACUUACAGAGAGAAGGUUGAGAUUCCUGCGACCAUGGCGUACAUUACCCUGGUAGGUGGUGGUGCAGAGAGGACAGUAAUAGAGUGGAAUGACACAGCAGAUCGAAUGGGGCGGAGUGGUCGUUUACUGGGUACCUUUGCUUCAGCAACAUUUGGUGUUAACUCUCCUUACUUCAUCGCUAAGAACAUCACCUUCAAGAAUAAGGCACCAUCACCACCAUCAGGAGCUCUAGGAAAGCAAGCAGUGGCAUUUCGAAUCUCAGCAGACAGAGCAGCGUUUAUAGGUUGCAAUUUUAUUGGAGCACAAGAUACACUUUAUGAUCACUUGGGCAGGCAUUAUUUCAAGAACUGCUACAUUGAAGGAUCGGUGGACUUUGUAUUUGGAAACGGCCUUUCCUAUUAUAAAGAUUGCCACUUACAUGCUAUAACCAACAGCUAUGGAGCUUUAACGGCCCAAAAGAGGGACAGCUUGCUUCAGGAAACUGGAUUUUCAUUUGUGAAUUGCAAGGUUACAGGGUCAGGUGCCCUCUACUUGGGCAGGGCAUGGGGCACUUUCUCUAGAGUGGUAUUUGCUUAUACUUACAUGGACAAAAUCAUCACCCCUAGAGGAUGGUACAAUUGGGGAGAUAAGAACAGAGAAAUGACUGUAUUUUUUGGACAGUACAAGUGUUCGGGACCAGGAGCAGAUUAUGAAGGGCGAGUGCCAUGGUCUAGGGAGCUCACUCAACAACAAGCUCAACCGUUUAUUUCAAUUGAUUUCAUAGACGGACAUGAAUGGAUUCAGCUGUAAAACUGUAAUUCUUAUUCUCAGC